GCACAUUUGAAAGAUUAAAGUCAUCCCUAAAGUGCUUUUACCUUCAUGCUAGUUCAAUUCUAGCUUUCAGUCUCGAGCAAAUUCUGUAGUAAUGGCUAGACCGUUUUCAAGAGAGCAAGCCAACGAGCACAUACGAGAAAUUCGUCGACGGAAAGGCGUGGAUAAUCUAGACGGGCAGGAAUCUGAUAACAUGCGCGAUCUGGAUCGAACACUAAACAUACUUUCAGAUCAGCUCUACGAGAAAGAAACACACUUUCUUCUCGAACUGAUCCAGAAUGCUGACGAUAACACUUUUGACGAAGUAACUCCAUCUAUUUCGUUCACCUGCAAUAGCUACAAUGGCCGAUGGACUCUCGAAGUUGAAUGUAAUGAGGUUGGAUUUAAGCAAGAAAAUGUCGAAGCGAUAUGUCGCAUUGGAGACAGCACGAAGAGAGCCGACCAGCGAACCCGAGGGUUCAUCGGAGAGAAAGGAAUCGGCUUUAAGUCUGUAUUCAAGGUUGCCAAUGUUGUCCGGAUCCAUUCAAAGGCUUACUCGUUCAUGCUCGACCGGAGAAAAAGGCUUGGCAUGAUUGCACCCAUUGUUGAUAGAUCACCUUGGCAAGUGACGCGAGACGAUCGACCUGAAACCCAUAUGCUGCUGGAGCUUAACAGCGAGUCAGAAUCUCGAAUCAUCAUCGACGAGCUUGUUGAAUUAGAACCACAACUUCUAAUAUUCUUGCGCAAAGUAUCCAAACUACAUAUCACCACGCCUGGCAAGGAAUUUCGAUUCAAAAUUGAGAAGUUGGUAGAGGAUCAGUCGUUUGAUGGGAAGGAAACCGCAAGGUUAACUAGCACGUCUGCUCGUCCGUCCAUGACGUCCUCAUUAGAUCGCCGGACGGACAAAAAGUACAUUAUUGUGCGCUACCAAGAGAACAUACUUUCCACGGAUACCAGAAGAGUCAACGUCAGAGAGACUGAGGUUGUUCUGGCUUUCCCCAUCGACAACGAUAUGCGACCAUUUCUGCAAAGCCAACAAACAUAUGCUUAUCUGCCUAUAAACAACUAUGGGUUCAAUUAUCUCAUUCAAGGAGACUUCUUAUUAGUGGCCAACAGAGAGAGUGUCGAUUCCUCAAGAUGGAAUGACAAAGUCCUAAAGGUUGUUCUUACAGCUUUUGUGUCCAAGGCUGUUUCUCGAUUCAACGAAAAUCUAAGUAAUCGAUCCACCGGUGUUCGACCGUCUGUCGGUCUCCGCUACACAUGGCCCCUGUAUCUUAGAGAUGGAGGAGGGACUAACACAUUCUGGUGCAGACUCAACAGAUGGAUCUUUGCUGAUUUGGCAAUAGCUGAGGUUCUAGAGUCACGAUACAAUGGUCGACUCUGCCGUCCUGGAACCUUAUACUACAUUCCGCAAGAUUACAGAUCACGUGAAAUGCCAUUGGUUGAAGACGAAGCCAGCGCCAAAUGCCAUUUAUCUUUUGCAUACGAUGCUGCGGACGCUGAUAUUUUUCCAAUUUUAUACCAAAUGGGUGUCAAAAAAAUGAGAAUCAACGAUUUGGUGCGGGAACUGAGAGAACUCAUUACCAAAAAUGGCAUUUCAUACCUCGAAGCCCGAUCAAGACGUUGGCAUACAAAGAUUGCAGACCUUCUCCGUCGGCAAGAUAAUAGCGCUUUGAUUGCUGAUAUUCCACUAAUACCACUACGUGAUGGAAGAUGGGUCCCGUUUGAUGAGGGGCACAUUUUUCUGGAAGAGGACACAUCGAACUCAGCGAUACCGGGAGGAUUAGACAUCCGCUUGGUCCAAGCCGAAGCUUGUCAGGAUCCUAGUCGAAAGGCUUUUUUCAAAUGGCUUGGUAUUAGAAGGUGUGACCGAACUGAAGUCUGCCGGAUGAUCCUGGAACGCUACUCUCCUCUUCGACAAAGAACACUAAUCGAAGCAGUUGAUGAUGUCAACUAUCUGUUCCAAACGCCUCACUCUGCCAAUAUCCCUUCCAUUCGACAUCUUUUACUAUUGCAAGCGUCACCAACUUCAUAUUUCAAGAGGGGCCACGAUCUUUAUGUGGAAGAACCUGACAACACCACUAUUAUAAGCAAGUUUGCUGACCACCCUGCGAGUAACAUCUGGCUUCUGCAUCCUUCAUAUAUCGCCAAAGCCCGCGAAAUAGGAGAAGAGUCAGAGUUUGUGAGCUGGAUAUGCUCCAGCCUCGGUGUAUCCACGAAACCACGUCUAAUUGACCCCAGGCAGCGGUUGACUCCGGAAUUCGAAUUUCUUUGCGCCAAUGCAAGCAAGGAUUUAUUACUACUGCUUCGAGAGAGCUGGGAUACUUAUGCUUUUCAGCUUGAACCAACGGAUUCCAGAUUGAAUACGUCGCUCUCGGAGAUGAGGGUACUAUGUACAGAUGGUCAGAUGCACUGCCUAGACCAAACGGUCUUGCCACGUGAACUUUUGAAAUCUGCAGGUCCGAACCUGUUUUUUGUUGAUAUACCUGAUGCAGUCGAUCUUCGUUGGAACAAACUCACCCACCUUGGCGUUCUCUGUUCGAGAACCGUGACCCUAUACCGGCGCCAGCUGAAGGCUCUCGCGCUACUUCCCGUGAAUGAUAGCACCACAACAAAAGCAGCCACAGAAGCAGCAUAUACCGGACUACAAUCUUCCAUGUCUGGACCUAGCGCCAGAGUCAAAGAAUAUUUCGAAACUUAUCGACUUAUAUUCAACCCAGAACUCAACCGAUGGGUGAACAUAUCCGAAUGUGUAUGGAGCGGGCCCAGGCUGAGCAUAGUAUUUGAUAUCAGUUCGCAGUAUCCGGAAUAUGGUCAGUUAUUUCAGCGUUAUUUGGAGCUUGGAAACGUGGACGCCAAUCACAUCGUCAGAGAGUUGUGUACAAGAAGCACGACUCAGAUUGAGAGAUUGAAAGAACUGUUGGUUCUGCUCAGCAAGUAUCUCAAAAAUCCAUUUCCCCAAAACCUCAUUACAACGCUUCAAGGGAUGGCAAUAUUUCCUGUCAGAACUCUCGAUGGAAGUGUCGUCAGCAUGAGAUAUGAAGAUGUUUGGUACAUAGCAGAUCGACCAAGCUUACUGGCAAGUUUCCAUGGGAAGCUCUCCCUUCUGGAUUUUGAUGUGAAAACCGCCCGAACACUUCAACCUUUAAUCAUAGCUUUGGAUAAGACGUCGCGGCUACUUUCUAUGGCCGAUAAGCCAAAAUUGGAGAAAAUUGGUACGCCUGUCUACCACGAACAGAAGACCAUGGAUCUAAGGCUUAGAGCAGUCCAUUUUUCGUCACUGGUUGCCGAAUCCUCCUUCGAAGAAAAGGCACAGCUUCUGCAUAGCUUGAGUACUCUACAAGUUUGGGUCGUCCCAGAGGUUCGAUUGAUUCACAACGUCCACGGCGUGCUUGGCGUGGAAGAAAAAGGCAGUGUCGUAUUCAACAACACCGACAAUACGAGACUCGACAUUUACAUUUCUCGCAAUGAAACGACACCGGCGGUCAUCAAUCAUGCACUGUCUCGUCAGUUCAUACAAUAUUGCGGAAUCCCGAAUGACCAAUAUUUGAUGGUUGAACCCAUCCUAAGUUAUCCUUCCGAAGAGCUUCAUCAAUUUCUUAACGAGCAUGGACUGGAAGAAUCACUUGACAGUCUUGACACAUACAUGAACGAUCCUCAAACCAAUAAUGGGGUCAACGAAGAUGAGGGAGAAGAUGAGAUUGUCGAAAUAUCUCGCGACAGCUUUGUAGCACGUAGAACGCGUAAUCCAAGUAGGACUACUGCUCCCCCAGAGCCAGAUAUUGAAGUCUCCAGACCUCCUUCCUUGCUGGGGGAGAGAGUACCACAAUCAAACGGAGGUAUUUUGUCUGUGAGGAGAACAACUCCUCUGCCAAGCACGAGAUCAUCUUCAUUCAGGACUUCCUCACGAGAACGAACGAAUCAUGCAGAUCCUGUAUUUGGAUUCAACACUGAUGCAAGGAACGCAUCCUCUUCAGGCGUCAGGCCUUCCUUGCUGGGUGAUGGAGUAUCAGACUCAAACGAAAGCAGUAUUUCUGCCGAUAGAGCGGAUGUUCUGCUGAGCACGACGACUCCAGUCAUGAAUCCUUCGCGAGAGCGAAUGAAUCGUGCGAAUCCAGCGCUGGAAUCCAACAUUGAGUCAUUUUCAGGCGUAAGGAGCGAACGUCCUCCAGCUCAACAGGGAUCCAAUCACGCGAGGCAACUCUUAUCAACUGUGACUGACAAUGAUCGACGCAUUGGCUUACUUGGAGAAAAAUUAAUCAACAAUUGGCUCUCUCAAGAACUCCAAGACUGGGAUCCGACUCGUCACUGGACAAGCAGAAAUCGCAAUGAGGUAUACGCAAGCAAUCAAUUUUUAGGCAAUGAGAGAGACUACGCCGACUUUACCUAUGCGGAUACUCGUGGAAACUUGACGAGUCUGCUGUCAAGAUGUGGUUACAUCCAGGAUACCUACACUGCAACAUGGUUGAGGAGUCCCCCAACUUACCACUUGGAAGUCAAGUCUACGACAGCAUCCUGUAAUGAGCCAUUCUAUAUGAGCAAUAACCAAGUAGAGAAGUCACGUGGCUGGACUUUCUCAUGGACAAGCAAUGUAGUGCCACAAAAUGUGUACGUGCUGAUAAGGGUCUAUAACCUCGAGAGGCAAAUAGCACCAGGAUUCAAAGCAUACAUGGAUCCAUGGGCUAUGUACUUGGAGCGCAAAUUGAGCUUCCUUGCUCGAGGAGAUUAUGCUGUGACUUCAAGCACUGAUGAAAUAGACCUCACUUAACUGGCUCGAGGAAGAUAGCUUUGCUCUUAAUGUUUUUAGGAUAGUGAAACACCACAAAAGAAAAUGUAAUUGAUGUG